UGAGUUAUUGCGACAAAAAUCAUGAAAAUCUCAGUCCGAGUUCGUGGCGAAUGGUUUGCCGUUCCGUGCAUUCAAUUGGAUCGACAGACUGUCCGUUGGCUCAGCGAAGAGGCGCUCAAACGGUACUUGAAAUUAAAGCCGUCGAGUCAUGUGCCCAAUGUUUCACCACUAGAGACCGUAUAUGAGAUCCGCAAAACAAAAGGCGGUGCUAUACUAGAUCCCGAUGACCUCCUCUGCAAUGUCUUAGAUGACAAUGAUUUCGUAUCCGUCGUACUGCACAGCGAUAAGGCCAGUCCAGUCACAGGACCCGUUGAAAUACAUUACAUUCCGGAACAGGUUUCUGGAAAGUAUAAGCCUCCGGAACAGUAUUUAUCACUCGAUGGGAACAGUUUAGGGGCCGAUGACUUGAUUAGACUGGGGAACGGACUCUUCAGAAUAAGGAUGACGAAUGAAGCCGAAGAAAAAGUGAGGAAAGGAAGGGAACUGUUGGAAGAGAUCUUAGAUGAGAAUAAAGUGGUUUAUGGCGUAAACACUGGGUUCGGAAAGUUUGCGAAUGUAAUUAUUAGUAGAGAUGAUCUGAAAGAUCUUCAGCUCAAUUUGAUCCGAAGUCAUUCGGCGGGCGUCGGGAAACCACUAUCACCUAAAAGGACACGAAUGCUAUUAGCGCUCAGAAUCAAUGUCUUAGCGAAAGGGUAUUCUGGCAUCUCUUUGGAGACAUUGCUUCAGUUGAUCGACGCGUUCAACUCGUCUUGUCUUUCGUGGGUCCCCGAGAAGGGAACUGUUGGAGCGUCGGGUGAUUUGGCACCACUUUCACAUUUAGCGCUGGGAAUGAUGGGCGAGGGAAAGAUGUGGUCGCCUGAGAGCGGUUGGGGUGAAGCGAAGUAUGUCCUCGAAUCACAUCAUCUCAAACCACUUCAAUUGAAACCGAAGGAAGCGUUGGCUCUGAUAAACGGCACUCAAUUGAUCACAUCGUUAGGCGCCGACGCCGUAGAGAAGGCGGCGGCGAUCGCACGUCAGGCCGAUAUCGUGGCCGCAAUGACUCUGGAAGUGCUUAAGGGCACGACCCGUGCGUUUGAUCCAGAGAUCCAUAAGAUCCGACCGCAUAAGGGACAGAGUUUAGUGGCCCGAAGAAUACGCUCUGUUCUCAACUCAGACUUAUAUCCGUCGGAAAUCGCGGAAUCGCAUCGAUUCUGUAAUCGAGUUCAAGACGCCUAUACUAUCCGAUGCUGUCCUCAGGUUCACGGCAUAGUUCACGACACCAUUGAUUUUGUCAAAGGAAUCAUUAAUACGGAAAUGAAUUCUGCGACCGAUAAUCCACUCGUGUUCACAGAUAUGAACGAAAUCAUAUCCGGCGGUAACUUUCACGGCGAAUACCCGGCAAAAGCAUUGGACUAUUUGGCGAUCGGUGUCCACGAGUUGGGAUCAAUGAGCGAAAGACGUGUCGAGCGUCUGGUGAAUCCGGCGCAGAGCGGACUCCCGGCCUUUCUGGUCAACAACGGAGGUCUCAACUCGGGAUUUAUGAUCGCUCACUGCACCGCCGCUGCACUCGUGUCCGAGAAUAAGGUGUUAUGCCAUCCGGCGUCAGUCGACUCUCUGUCCACGUCUGCGGGCACUGAAGAUCACGUAUCGAUGGGAGGAUUCGCCGCCCGAAAGGUGUUGCAGGUUAUAGAGAACGUGGAAAAGAUCAUUGCGAUCGAGUUGUUGGCCGCGUGUCAGGCCAUUGAAUUCCUGCGGCCAUUGCGGACAACAAUGCCGUUGGAAGCGGUUUACGGGUUGGUUCGUCAGGUGGCGAAGCCUUGGGAUAAGGACCGCAUUAUGUAUCCCGACAUCGACGCCGCCACAGACCUGUUGGUGGAGGAAAAGGUUUGGAUUACUGUUAAGCCCUAUAUUUUGAAGUAUUUCGCCGAUAAGACGCUGACAAACCGUCCGCCGUCGCCGACCACUACUGUUCUGCGCAAAAGAUCCCGAACUGAAGUCAACAACAAUGUGGACAUCGAGUGAACAAAUAAUAGUACAAAAAAACAACAUUUAUUUCUAUUAAAUUGCGGAAAAUAUUUUCAACAUUUUAUUACUUUUUAUUUCUUUGAAUUUUUCAACACUUGUUUACGUAAUAACAAAUCCUUGAGUUUACGCCAAUUUUAUCGACAAUAUAUCUAAUAAAUGCACACAUUUUAUUGCUUUUAA